AUGAACGAAGGUGUCGAUUGUAUUUUGCAAGACGGUGGUGUUAAAUUAGUCGAGCAGGCGAUUAGCGAAUCAGGGAUCUCGGGGAUCGGGAAAUGCCAAGCUGCAUGGAGAGAGGCAUCAAAAUUUCAUGACGAGUUGGUCGCAUCCGUCCUUUUGCUUUCGACUCUGUUCGAUUGGAAAGUAAACGGCCACGGUCACGCGCACUCUUUCCAACAUUUCCACGGGCCUGUGACAGGCGAUGGACAGGAAGUGUCGUGGAAGGACAAACACGGACACCACGAGCACGAUUACGUGGCCCAUCCUCACUACGAGUUCUCGUAUGGGGUCGACGACCACCAUACGGGUGACUAUCACGGUCAGAAGGAGCACAGGGACGGUAAAGAAGUUGUCGGCGAAUAUACGGUGAAAGAGCCCGGCGGUAACGUCAGAACGGUCAAGUAUCACGCUGGAAAGCACGGAUUCUUUGCCCACGUUCAUAACAGUGACGGAAACGACCACCAUGGAGGCGGGCAUCACUAUUAAAUGGAGUGCAGCUGGUGUAUUCCCUGCCAAAGAUCAC